AUGGCAGCCGUACUCAAUCCUUUUACAUCAUUUAUGGGUUUCCCACCACCACCACCACCGCCACCAUUUUAUUCAAAUUUCGGAUUUAAUUUUCCAUCGCCAUCCAUUCCAAAUAACUUCUAUUUAUCACAACACAGACCGAUGUUUCCACCAAUAACAGCACAGCAAAUGUCUGCUUAUGCUCAACAAGCAUCUGCACAAGCACAAGCGCAUGCACAAGUACAGGCGCAAGCACAAGCACAAGCACAAGCACAAGCACAAGCACAAAUUCAAGCACAAGCACAAGCACAAGCACAAGCUCAGGCUCAAGCUCAAGCACAAGCACAGCAAGCAUCUGCACAAGCACACCAAGCAGCCGCACAAGCACACCAAGCAGCUGCACAAGCGCAACAUGCGUCACAAUUUCCUCACCAAGCAUCUGCACAACCACAUCAAGCACAAUCGUAUCAUCAACAAGCGGCUGCACAAGCACAACAAGCACCACAUUUUCCUCAACAAGCACCAGAACGGGCAAGACAAUCAUCACAAUAUCCUCAACAAGCACCUGCACAACCACAACAAGCACCUACACAGACACAAACACGACAAACACCAUAUCAUCAUCAACGAGUAUCUUCACAACCAAGACAAGCACCGUCAUAUCCCCACCAACCACAACAACAACAACCACUACCACCACCACCACCACCACCAUAUCCUCAACAAGCACCAUCAUAUCCUCAACCAUCAUCAGCAUAUACUCAACAACUACCAGCACAUUUACAACACACAUCAUCAUAUCGUCAACAAAUCCCAAUACAACCACGACAAAUACCUUCAUUUUCUGACCAAGCUUCAGUACAAACACGACAAAUGCCAUCAUUUUCUCAACAGCCUUCAGCACACCCACGGCAAAUGCCAUCAUUUACUCAUGAGGCUUCAGCACACCCACGACAAAUAUCAUCAUUUACUCAUGAUACUUCAGCACACCCACGGCAAAUAUCAUCAUUUACCCAUGAUACUUCAGCACAUCCACGACCAAUGCCAGCAUAUUCCCAAAAAGCAGCCAUGAAACCAACACACGCACCAGGAUAUUCUCAGAAACAUGCUGCUCAAUCACGACAAAUGCCAACACUUUCCCAAAAAGCACCUAUAAGACGACAACAAACACCCAUACAACUACCAUCACAACAAUACUCACAACGAACAACACCAACUGAAUAUGUCGAUUCAGGACCAAAUCCAUUACGUCGUCGUGAACCUCGUAUUUUUCGUGAAGUAAUUGUAUUACCAACACCUGAACCAGUCUAUCGACAAAUACGUCGUCGUCUACCAACUCCAGAGCGAGAUGUUGUUGAACGAACAAUUAUUAAAAAAGCAAAUGGUAAUGUUGUUGUUAAACAACGACAACCAUCAAAAACAAGUAGUCAGAGCCAAGGUAGUACACCAUCUCGAUCUAUCCGCUCAAGAUAUGUUUACACUGAUUAA